AUGCCGCCAGGGCCCUCACAGCCCUUUACGAUCCCAGGGUGCUGCUGCCCGUUUUUCCGCUGCUUCAGAGAGAAGCGUGGGAGCAGACGGUGGACACUUCAGCUGUGCAAGUUGUGGGAGGUUCGUUCCUCAGGCAUUGGGCAGGUUUUGUCUGCUGCAGGCACUGAAAGAAAAUCCCUUUUUCUGGCACGUGGGGUUGCACUACCACAAACAGAAGAGACGUAUUGGGUGCUGUUUAAUUUCUCGGCUCAGCGAGAUGAGAAAUUUCACAAGCCUUACGAAGAUGUUAAUGCAGGCCUGUACCUGAAAAUGUUUCAGGACCACAACACACGCAACAUCAUGUUCUCAUCUGUCAAUAUAAAGAUGGUGUUUGAAGUAUCCAAAGUUAUUAAACAGCAGCCAAAUGUAAUCAAAGUCAUAGCUUGCAAAAAUGGCACAAGAAUGAUCUUUGUUAAAGUUUCUGUGUCCUUCAUUUAGCCACUGCUGGAGGACUGCUCUGAAAAGCUGAAUCUGAACAUGGCUGCACGUGUGUUCUUGGCAGACAGCACUGAAGCACUAGAACCUAAAGACAUACCCCAUGAUGCCGACGUUUAUAUUUCAACUGGAGAGACCUUUUUAUAUCCAUUCAAAAAAAUAAAAGACCAUCUGUCAUUAAUGAAGAAAGUAUCUUGGACACUGAAUGGCCUGGUUCUUCAUAAUGGUGUCAUGGAAAAGAAAACCAAGCCUGUCAUUUCCAACUGCAUGUAGAAAAUUACUGAGGACACCUCUGACAGAACUGUAGCGUUUAAGAACAGCACAGGGCAGGAUAACUAUGAGACUAUUGCAUCACAAAAUCAAAUUGAAAAG